AUGGUAUCUACAAGAGGUGUACGCUACAAAUUCAGUGAAGGUGAACGCGUUCUGUGUUAUGAACCUGACCCAACAAAAGCUAAAGUUCUCUACGAUUCAAAGGUCUUAGAGGUAAUCGAAAGCAAGGACAAGAGAGGGCGCCGAACUGUGGAAUACUUGAUUCAUUUUCAAGGUUGGAAUUCAUCUUGGGACCGCUGUGUUAGUGAAGAUUUUGUACUAAAAGAUACUGAAGAAAAUCGUCAGUUACAAAGGGAUCUAGCUGAGAAAUCACAGCUACAACUGGGUGCAUAUCUAUACCGGCGAGAACGUAAGAAGGGCGGCAGUACAAAUGCCGGGGCGGGGCCGGCCAAACGCGCUCGUCACGGAUUUAGUGACGACGGCUCUUCCAGCAGCACUCAACCUGAUCCAGAUGAAGGAGAAACAGGCGACACCGACUCAUCUUCAGGAUCUGGUUCCGCCAGCUCUCAACCGCGAUCUCCACCCCCAAACGCGCAUGUUGGAAGAGCGCACAUUACGUUACCCUCUGCCUUAAGGGAUCGCCUGACAUUUGACUACCAUUUAGUAGUGAAACGUGGCCGCUUAUCACGGCUACCAGCUACACCUUGCGCGGCUCAGAUCUUGGAGUCAUUCGUGAAAUGGUUCGCGCGUGCCGGAGCCUGGCACCCGACACGGGCUCGACACGACCCUCCGCAAAAACCUGACCUACUUGAUGUUUCUUGCAGGCUGAAUUUGGUUCGAGAAGUUGCGGACGGGCUGCGAGUGUACUUUGACUUUAUAUUGCGAGGACAUUUGCUCUACAAGCAAGAACUCCACCAGUACCAUCAAAUUUGUGGGCAAUUCAUUGACGAGCAGGAAGAAAAUAAUAAAAUGGAGUUGGAAGCGGAAGUUGAAGAAGAAAUGGAACAAAGUGCUGAGGAAGUCACUGUAGCAUCAAUUGAAGUAGACAUGAGCAGUCCCAAAACCCCAGAAUACUCACACUUGCCGCCAGAUCCUACUGAUGGUGAAAGAAGCGAAAAUAAUGACGACGUGACCAACAAUAAUAACAAUGACUAUAACAGCCACGAUGACAUGUCUAAGAACGAUUCCAACGACAAAACUACAACUAAAAGUGAUUCAACGACUGAUGAAAAUCAUACCGGUGGGUCAACUAAAUCGCAGGAAGGACUAUCGUCUACACGCAGCGGCAAUGUUGCACGGAGGCUUCGAUCUCACAGGUCGGCAGUGUCACAGCAAUCGGAGAACGAAGAGCCAGCUCCAUCAACCUCUACCGGUGAACCGAGGACUUUUGAAACUCUUUCGUCAAGUGUCGGAAGUAGUGGUUCAUCCAUGAGCGAAGGCUGGGCGCGGCCGACUCAAUCAGCUCCAGCAGCUCCUACCACAACUCGGACACCACUCUCGCUGUUACUCGAAAAGGUUGCUAAAUGGCAGAUUAUUCCUCGCGAAGGCACGGAACAUUUGCCGUGCCGUGUGUAUGGAGCUAUCCAUCUUGCCAGACUUUUUGUCAAAUUACCUGACUUCUUGAAUGCCACCCAAAUGCCGGACUUCAAGUUAAAACUUAUCUUGAAACAUAUAGACAUGUUUGUUCAGUACUUAGAUGAACACAGCGAAUGGUUUGGAGAAGUGUACUAUGUUGCAGACAGCAUGUCUCGAUCUCAUUAA